AUGGCAGCCCGUGCAAAAAUUCUCUCGAGUACCCAGCAAGGCAGCCAUCUAUGUGCCAAAAUAAUUGAUCAGGGACUUCAGGGAUCUGAUCAUUUCUAUCAGAAGUCUAUGUCUAAUGGCAGAAUUGCUUUGUUAUUUAGUUCUAAUAUUUUGGCAGCAAUGCAAGAUUCUACCUUGUCUAAGCCACUGCAAUCUUCAAUUGAUCAGGGGUAUUAUUUGAAUGUUAAGGGAGAUGGAAUGGUGACAGCAGAGGGCAAUGAACCAAGAGAUACUGUACCAGAAGAGAUGCCGAAUGAGCAUAUGAUUCACAGUAAGAAAGAAGACACAAUUCAGAUAAAGGAACAAGUGUUGACUCGACAGACAAACUAUACUCUAACAAGUAAAUCAUGCGGCAAGUAG